UAAAAAAAAAAAAAAAAAAAAAAGCUUUGUAGCACCACCCAGAAGCGAGGAUAUUCUGCAAAACACAUCGCUUGUCUUGAGAGAAGUUUCGUUUGGAGAGGAAAGGGCAUGUCUCCAGCCACAGAUCCAACAGUGCUUUUGCCCUGUGUGCCCUGCUCGUGGCUUCCGGGUCAACUGGGACACCAGGCUUAAUAACACACCAGCCUCACCAGGUACCGCCUCCUUUCGCCCCUUCCCGUUCCUGCCCAGACGGGCGGGGCCGGCUUCUGUCUGGCCGGAAAGGGCCGGGCCGCAGGCGUCCACACUUCCGCCACGCGGCGGGGCGGCCUCGCCACUAGUUCUAACGCGAGGCGCGCGAGCGGACUGAGUGACGUCACGGAAGGCGGCGGGGAGGUGGGAUUGUGUUGGGCAUGCGCAAUAGAUCGACUUCGCCGACAGGGAGCCGAGCGGGCUGCAAGGCUGUUACCUACGCGGGCGGGGUUUCCGCUGCUGCCGCGGAGCGCGGGGUGCUAGCCGCCUUCCCAGCAGCGGGCAGGAAACUGGAAGGCGUUUCUGAGUCCGCAAACCUGCAGCGGAAGUGAAGAACGUACGUGUGUGAGAGAGAGACCUCUGCCGCAUUUAACAAAUCACGAUAAUAUGCUCAGGAGAGGAUUCUUCCUCAAUUGUCUGGAGCUCAGAGAUGCGGCCCAGGGGAGGGAGCUGUGGCUAGUUAAGGAGGCCAUGCUUGAUGUUGCUUCCACGUCCCAUGUCAGCACUAAGUCCUCAGCUGCUGGUGGCAGCUGCUCAGCAGACCCUGGGUAUGGGAAAGAGACGGAGCCCACCCCGAGCUGCCUGCCUUCAUCUAGCCGGAGAGGUGCUUGCUGUGGUCCGGGGACUGAAGCCAGCUCUGCUCUAUGAUUGCAACUGUGCAGGGGCAUCAGAGCUCCAGAACUAUCUGGAGGAGCUGCAGGGCCUGGGCUUCCUGACCCAGGGACUUCACAUCCUGGAGAUUGGAGGAAACAGCCUAAUUGUAAGUCUUGAGCAUGUAUGUCAGCACUUGGAGCAGGUGUUGCUUGGUUCCAUAGCCUUUGUGGAUGUUUCCAGCUCCCAGCCUCAUCCUUCUGUCUGCUCCCUGGACCAGCUUCAAGACUUGAAGGCCCUCACGGCUGAGAUUAUCACGCAUUUGCAGGGGCUGCAGAGGGACCUAUCCCUGGCAGUCUCCUGUAGCAGCCUUGGUUCCUCAGACUGGAAUCUCUGUACUGUGUUUGGGAUCCUCCUGGGCUAUCCUGUCCCCUAUACCUUUCAUCUGAACCAGGGAGAUGACAACUGCUUAGCCCUGACCCCACUACGGGUGUUCACUGCCCAGAUCUCGUGGCUGCUUGGUCAACCCCCAGUCUUGCUCUAUUCCUUUAGUGUCCCAGACAGCUUGUUCCCAGCCCUGAGGGACAUUCUAAACACUUGGGAGAAGGACCUCAGAACUCGAUGUAGGACUCAGAAUGACUUUGCUGACCUCAGCAUUUCCUCUGAGAUAGUCACACUGCCGGCUGUGGCCCUCUGACUUGAACUCUUCUCCCAUGUAGAAGGUGCUCACUAAAUGAUCAGCUCUAGGUCAGGGAUGGUAAAUAGGAAUCAUCUCAAGUGUCAAUUCCCAGCGUCUUGAGAACACUAGAGAAGAAUGCUGUAAUCGCUUGGCCACAUCUGCCGUGGGCAUGGGAAUAGGUGGUGGUGGUGGUAGCAUUGGUAGUACAUAUUUGCCAUUUCUAUACUAGGGAGUCUUGACUUAGCUGAGAUGUCUAUUUAUUUUUCACUGGAUGGGAGUUAGAAGGAAGGAGGUUGUGGAGAAGAAGGGUGGUAGAGGACAAGUAGUAUACUCUUAUACGGUAGCAUUGUAAGUAUACCUGCCCUGUGUGGGUAGUGUCUGCCAGAAAGUAGAAGGACUGGGCUUUACUGCGUGUUUAUAUACCUCCAACUGAAUUGGACUAGGGAGAGUGGACCAGUGUGAUGUCAUUCAGAAAUAAACAGAGUUCCAAGGAACAGAGACUGUCAGGUGAGGUUUAUUUGUUUAUUUUACAGUAGAUUAAAAAAAUAAUAGCAAAGUCAGAAAUCUCAGUUGAGUUGGGAAAAUUCACACUUUCAAGUACCCAAACUUUAUGGGUUUUCUAUUGAUUUUCUUGCUUCUGAUUUUCACCCAAGACAGGUGUCACAAGUUAUUUAGAUCAGCUGGCUGUCCUUGUUGACCAGGAGCACUGCCAGUGCUAUAGCAAUCAUCAUCAGCAGCAUGGGGAGCCAUUGGCCACAUUGCCUCUGUGAGGAGGGAGAGGGAGAAAAGAGAAAGAGGCCGUGGUUGGUUGGAGAAGAUAUAGGCAAAAAUAAUCUUCCUUCUUCCCGUUCUAGCCCAGUGGAAAACCUUGGGUUGUGGAGGAGAAAAAGCGUUUUACGUAACUGUCUCUCACUUUGUCACCUCCCUUGGGAUAAAACCACUUUACCAGUGGUCACUGGCCCAGGGAACCACAACGAGCAGGGGGCCAGAUGCUUAAAUACUGAUAUGAAUAAUUAAGGGUAGAAAAUAACUCAGCAAAAUUACAUUAUUCUCUGUUCAUAUUCCUCAGUACUUGUGCUCUCCUCUCUCUGUCCUUGCCACUAUGCUCAUAAUAGGCUAAAAGAACACCAUUUCAUACUUUAGCUAAUAGUCAUUCUUUCCCCUCAGGCUCAAGAGUUCUGUGAAAAUUAGGCUUGGAUGCAUGAGCCAGUGUUUCUUUCCAUGGUUGCUAUACUGUCGGUAUAGUAUAAACCAAGCUGAAUGGGACAGCCUGGCCAGAUGUUGGUUUGGGCUGAUAAAUUUUAUGUGCAAGAUUCGGUUAAAGGAGGAAUUGUCCCACCAUCCUCUAGGGCUACAGGAGGAUAGACCC